AUGCCUGGACUUGACUCCUCCACUCAGCCACUCACAUGCUCCCUGACAUUUGCUGUCAAGGUACGUAACAACCAAAACCUUGCUCUUCUCAUUUGCAAAAUGGAAUCAGCAGCCUACCUGGUGCAGCUGUCUGGGGGCUGUAACAGAAGGAAAGAUGAGCUUGACAUCUCGUACCUGCUUAGCAUAUGGGCCCCUUUCUUCAGCUCUUGCGAGCGGCUCCCAUACCCGACACGCGGAAUAAGGGGGGGAGGGGGGUCCCAGGGCGCACAGAGGGGCCCGUGGCGCGGACCCCAGGCCGCCGGCCCGAGCGAAGGCCCAGGCGGAGGCGUCCCAGCAGCCCCACGGCCCCGAGCCCCGCGGCGCGCGCCCGCGCCCGCGCACUCACCGUCCCUGCAGCCGCCGCCGCCUCCCGGGCACGCGGAAGGUCCGGGACCUCCGCGCGCCCCUCCGCGCCGCAGCCUCUGGGCCCCGCCCGCGCGCGCGCGCCGCCCCCUGGCCCGGCCGCUCUGCGCCGUCGCCCCGCCUGGAGGAGCCCCGCGCCGGGCUCGCUCCGGCCAGGAGGGACCGCUCCUCUCGGGCCGCGCCGGAGCGGAGCGGAGCGGCAGCUGCGUUUCAUCAGCCGAGCGCCCCUGGGGACGCCGGAAGACGCCUCGGGCUUGGUGUCUCGGGCUCUGCGCGGGCCCGGCCCCCAGGCGCCGUGACCUGGCCCAGAUAAUUGCACUUUCCAUGGGGUCGCUUGAAGAUUUAAUGAGAUAAUCUGUGCCAGUGUUCACUACUAGACACAUUGUAAGUGCUCCUUGGAGUUUACGACUGCCAGACCCACAAGUCACCAGACCCUACCACCCCCACUCUCAUCACUCGUAAGUUCAAAGGGUUCUACAAUGAAAAGUACCCUUUUCCCUGAGGGAAGCACUAACCUUGUGUGUUUUUUCCGUAGAGUACACAUGUACAGGUAUGUGUUUGUCAGACACUCUGCCUUUUCAUUCAACAAAGUACCAGGCAUUCAUCUGCUGGAACAUUCCACUCUGCCUUAUUUCCUAUUAAGGAGUACAUACACGUCCAUAUAUUGCAGAAAAGGUCCUUCUUUUACUCAUUCCUCUCUCAGUGGACAUGAAGGUGAUUCCACUCUUGCUCACAGGCCAUGCUGAGAUCCUUCUAGCCAUGUCUUGCACACAUGCCACAGCUUGCAUCUCUAUAGGUAGACUUGUUGAAUCAGAAUAUGCAUGCAUUUUUAAUUUCAACAGAUAGGACCAAAUUGUUGGGGACUCUCAGACCACAGGGCUUAGCUGGCUGCAUGCUCAGCCAGGCCACAGAAACACAGUGCUUGGGUGCAGCCAGCAGUAAUUGAGAACCUGAGUUGCAGCUACCAUCCAGGUGUUUGAAUUCACCAAUUGAGGAUCUAAGCCAGUGAUUUUCAACCGGUGUGCCAUGAAAACUUAAAGAUCGUUAAUUAAAUUAUUUUCAAAAGAAGUUCAAAGCACAGUAAGUCU